AGCUCGGUGUUUAUUUCGGGUCAAAUCCUCCAGUGACGGCUCUUCCACCUUUUAAACGUCCUCUCGCCACUGUACCGGGACGCGGGUGUGUUUGAUUCCGUUAACCGGCUCCGAGUCCCGGUUCCUCUGCUGUCAGUCCGCUCACCCGCCCUCCGAUGGCCUCCAGGCGGCCGGACAGCUUCGAUGGGCUCGGCUACCGCGGCCGCGACGACCCGCUGUACGGAGCCAGCUUCCCGGGCAGGAGCACCGGAGUCCCCGCGGAGCUGCAGCACCACCAGUGGGUCACCACGCCGCCGGACAUCCCCGGCUCCCGCAACCUGCACCACGGGGAGCGGACACCGCACGGCGAGGAUCCGCUGGCGGAGCACCGAGGCCCCGGAGGCCCCGGAGCUGCAGGCGGCUGGGAGGCUCCGCAGCCCGGGGUCCCGCCUGUCGAGCAGCUGAACAGAUUUGCCGGCUUUGGGAUCGGACUUGUCAGCCUGUUCACAGAGAACGUCCUGGCUCAUCCCUGCAUCGUGCUGCGCAGACAGUGUCAGGUGAACUAUCACGGCCGAUGUUACCACUUGACUCCGUUCAGUGCUGUGGUCGUUAUGUACGCCAUCACCAAGGCUCAGGGUCCGAAGGCGCUGUGGAAGGGGAUGGGAAGCACCUUCAUCGUUCACGGCAUCACACUGGGAGCCGAGGGCAUCAUCAGCGAGUUCACUCCAUUACCACGGGAGCUUCCUCAUCGCUGGAGCUGGAAACAACUCGCUGGACAUCUGCUUCUUAAAGGGUUAACAGCGAUGGUGGCGCUUCCAUUUUACUGUUCCAGCCUCAUUGAGACGGUCCAGAGCGAGAUUGUCCGUGACGAGUCGUCGUCCGGUUUGCUCGACUGUGUCCGUGAAGGUCUGGCCCGGUUGUUGGGCGUCGGCGCUCCUCACAGUCACCGUCUGCUUCCUCUCAGCUCUCUACUGCUUCCUGCCGCGCUGCACGCUGUCCUGCGAUACGCCAUCGCCGCCUCCGUUCAGCGCGUGUUUCUGUGGCUGCACCAGCGGAGCAAGAAGCAGCGACUGGAUCCGUCCAACCCGCUCGACGGCUACUUCCCUGAGCUGGCGGCGGCCUGGGCUGGGUCUCUUGUGGCCGAUGUGUUGGUGUUUCCUCUGGAGACGGCGCUACACCGCCUCAGCCUGCAGGGCACGCGCACCAUCAUUGACGCCACUGAUGGCGUGGUCGCUGUGGGAAAUGGUGGCAGCCCACUGGUCCUGCCUGUCAACUCGCAGUAUGACGGCUUCUCCGAAUGCCUUCACGCCAUCCGCCGCAAGGAGGGAGUGGCUGGCUAUUACCGCGGGUUUGGAGCGCUCGUGGCACAGUACGCGCUCCAUGGGGCGCUGCUCGCCGCUGCCAGGACUCUGCUGAGGCUGCUGCUGCUGGACGGUAAGCACUAGAGGAGUGACCACGGAGCAGCAGCAUCACCACCCACAGAGGUCCUCUGGUGAGAUGCUCUCAUGGACUUUGGGUCACCGUGGCUACAGAAAGACAAAUAAGACUUUAAAUUAAAAAUACCUACAAACAGUCUGAUCAUCUGUCACAUUUAAAGGAGCAGGUCAACUUUCCUGUAAUUCACCACGGCAACCACAAACUGAUCAUUAAUCAAUAUUUAAAAUACAACCAUUAACAAGCCCCCAGCGGAAGGUCCUGACGAUUACCAUCAACUGCAUAGAUGACCCCCCCAACACCCCACACCCCACAGAGCCUAGGUGAGAUGUGUGUGGCACUUCCUGGCUUCAAACUAAAUGUCUCUAUGGAAACGAUGUCACUUUCUGUCCCAGCAUGAAAGCAUGAAGUCAUGACCCUGUGUUCAAAUACUGACAACUGAUUGGUUACCUGCGGUGUGUGAAGAUGAACAGUUUAUUGUAUAAAGUUGUAAAAAUUUAUUAAAUGUAGAUUAAGAUUAAAUUAUGUCAUUCAUAAACAUUUAAAUUAUUAUUCAAAUCAACAAUUUAACUAUCUCUCUCUAGACACACACACACACACAUGCAUAUAUAUAUAUAUAUAUAAGAAUCCUGUUGGUUUUUCAAAAUAAAUGUCUGGAGGAAGUAGCCACAUGUUCUGAACAGGGAAAACAACAAUAAAAGUUUUAUGUCUUGUCAUAUUUGUUGUACUUUUGUCAAAUGUUGAAACUUUGCACUUGAGCUUUAGAAAAAUCUAGUUUUUUGUCUUUUGCUGUAAAUUAUUUCACCUGGAAUAAAAUAAAAAGUAUCGUAACACA